AUGAAAUGGAUGAUCGACGCAUCAUUUGCGGUGCAUCCAGAUUUCAAGAGCCAUACUGGCGGCACUCUGUCCUUUGGAGGAGGUGCAGCUCAAGUGAUGUUGAAGAAACAAAAGCUAAACAGCAGAAGCAGUACAGAAGCGGAACUGAUUGCUGUUGACAAUGUUGUCACGAUGAUACUAUGGACUAAGUUGUUCAUGGAGUGGCAAGGGUAUCCGGUUGAGAAGAAUAUCUUGUGUAAUCAAAGCAAGGAACAAGGGUUGGGGUUAGGGUUGUAG